GGUUAAGAGAUCCUUCCGUUUUCUCUUUUCGCUUUCUCUCUCUCUUCUUUCUCUCUCUUUGUUCUAUCGGAUCCUUCCUUUCUCCUUCAGCGGGGGGAAAGGGGCGAAGAGAGAGGAGGAGGAGGAGAGGAGACCAUCCUUAAUUUUUUUUGUCUUUUUCCUAAUAAUUACUAUUCAAGUAAACGUAGAUCGUGGUGUCAAAUUCGCCUCUUCGUCGCCCGAUUCGUCGUUUGCAAUUCGCGAAAUCGACCCUCGUGGGCGACACCAUGAACGAGAAGGCCUCUGUUUCCAAGGAGCUCAAUGCCAAACACAAGAAGAUCCUUGAAGGACUUCUUAAACUGCCAGAGAACAGGGAAUGUGCCGACUGCAAAGCCAAAGGUCCGAGAUGGGCGAGUGUGAAUUUGGGAAUUUUUAUAUGCAUGCAAUGUUCUGGAAUCCAUAGAAGUUUGGGAGUGCACAUAUCCAAGGUAAGAUCUGCUACUUUGGACACAUGGCUACCAGAACAAGUCGCAUUCAUUCAAUCAAUGGGAAAUGAAAGGUCGAACAGCUACUGGGAGGCAGAGCUACCUCCAAACUAUGAUAGAGUUGGAAUUGAAAACUUCAUCCGUGCAAAAUAUGAAGAUAAAAGAUGGAUACCUAGGAAUGGAACGUCCAAACCAUCUUCAAUUGCGGAAGAUCAUAAGAAUUCUGAACCUCAACUGAAUCAUGAUGAUAAAGGAAGGAAUAAUUUCACCAACAAUAUAAGAUCUGCUGAGCGGCAGCGCAAUGUUUCACCACCCACCAUGAAGAAAAAUACUCCAGUGGCUUCUAAUGUUUCCAGCCAGGCUUCAUCCGGUUCAAAAGCAGAGCCAGCUAUACCAAAGGCUGAUUCUCCGCAAGCUCCAGAAACAUCUCCAGUUAAUUCAACACCCCCAAAAGUCAAUACUACCCCUGCACCAGCUCCAAAAGUUGAUUAUGCAACUGAUCUAUUUAACAUGCUCUCGAUGGAUGUCACAAAUGAGAAGGGAUCAGAAUCUUCUUCCAAUGAUGAUAAUGGAUGGGCAGAGUUUCAGUCUACAUCAGAAGUGCUUCCUGCUGCAGAGAAGACAGGCACCGCAAAACCAGUUGCUGAAAGCAAAACUCAGUCUCACUCAGGGAUUGAAGACUUAUUCAAAGAUUCACCAGCAAUGACUUUAUCUUCAGUUCCGAUGAAAACCCAAACAAAUGUGAAGAACGAAAUCAUGAGUCUCUUUGAAAAGUCCAACAUGGUUUCGCCGUACUCCCUUCACCAACAGCAGCUCGCAUUCCUUUCCCAGCAGCAAGCUCUCUUAGCAGCUGCAGCAAAAUCAGGUGUUAAUGCAUCCCAAGCAUUUGCACAAACUAAUCAACCGAUAGCUAAUGGGUCCCAUGUGCCUAAUGGAAAUUUCCCAACUCAGAAUUGGAGUAAUCCUGGUUAUCAAUUUCCAGGAAUGACAGGGGUAGCUCGACAAAAUGGUUUCAGUGCCUUUGGCCAGUUAGAAAAUAUUAGUCAGGCACAACCUUCUGGGAACUACAACUCUUUUGCUGCACCUGGAAUGUCCAACAAUAUGGGUUCUUCUGUACCAGCUAAAGGAGUAACCACUGUCGGAACCAAUAAGACACUCGCAUCCCCUGCCUCUUCUGUCGCCCCCGCUCAGUCGGCCAAGGACUACGAUUUCUCCUCCUUAACGCACGGAAUGUUCUCGAAGCAGUGAACAAAACCUUAAAUCAUGAGUUAUCAGCGUACUGUUAUAGCUCCGACUCUUUGAUAAUCAGGAAAUACAGUUACAAAAGCAAAGAAAACAUGUCGUAUGUGUCGAUUGGGUGCAAUUGUUGUAGAGGCUAGUUUGGAGGAUUUGGUGGGCUUAAUUUAUUGUGUAGCCUUAUGGGAUGAAUAAAUACUGGCCUAAUUUGCUGGUGGUAUUUCUUCUUUUACACAGAUGGAUGGGACUCUCACUUGUUUGGGCAAUCACUUUAUAUUACUGUCCUUGUCCCUUGUUCUUACAGUCUUGUUUACUUUUCCCACAUUACGAUUUCUGGUUUAGAGGAGAGUGAUUCAUUGCAUGGUUUGUGCUUUAUAUCUAGCAUGGCAAAUGUGUAUUAACCGACAAAUGCUUCCACAUGAUUCUACUGUAUUAAGCAUAAUUGGUCCUAUUUCCCCCGGAA